CGCAGCCUCCCCGUCCAAAUGAUCUGGGCGAGUCCAGCUGAUCUCCUCCUGAACGACGGCUAGAAUCUUUGCACUGACCUACUCAUCCCGUAUGACACUUCAGCAAGCAAUACUUGAAUUCUAGAAGUUUAGAACCAUUGGCGAGCAUUCAUAUGUCGGUACAUCCAGUGGAGCCUGUGCGCGUUUAGUGCAGCCGUGCAGCACUCGCCGUCAAGCAAGGUCUAGUUCUCUGAUUCGAAGGUCUUUUUGCUGGGGCUCGCACAUGCAGCGAUGAUCUGCACCCAGGCAUUGGUUGUAAACUGCUCUUGGCCUCGCCCGAAGAAUGCCCGCUCAUCUGCUGACGUGCAAAAGUGUGUCACUCCGCCUUGCGGGGGCCGGUCGCUGCCGCCAGUGGUAUUUAAACGUACGGACGCUUGAAGCAAACUUCAGACACACCAAUGCUCUCUCGUCUUACCAUCUCUCUCGCUGUGGCCUUGGCUUCCUGCUCUGCUGUCGCCGCCGUGGUUUGUGGAGUCUGCGCACCCACGAUCAGUGUUGGAGGUACCACGCGCCACCUUACACUCGCCACUCAGGAAGCAAAGAACGAUCUCCAGUGCAGCUAUGACGGACCAGCGAUUUCGGGCUUCGCUGCCAGCUGUUUGUAUCGGAACUCAGACGGCGUCCUGAUUUUUGGAACUGCUGGAAAUGCUUGCCCGGACCCCAUCCACAUUGUGACGAAGAGCAGCUGCUAGAGGUGGAAUGAUAUAACCGGGAUGUUCGACGGGCGGGGAUCGCGGCCGCUAACGCUCUCCAAGGAUCACACUCUUGUCUUACUUGCACAGAAUUUGUCAUUGAAUUGGUGUCUAAAAAUAUCCUGCACUACCUCGAAACAUUGUGAUCAUCACCUCGUGGCAAAGGAUUCAUUGG